AUGGCGUUCGUCUUCCCAAGAGGAAGUGCCCGUCUGCUUCCUGGCAGCCUCCGGGAUCGCUGGUGGUUUCGACCUGAGCACGAACACGCAGCGGGGGGUUCCCCUUUGGGCUUUGUCGCAAGUGCCCACCUCACCCAGCCUGUGCUGCGGGCGCGGCAGCCGCAGCAUGUGCCUGUGUGGAGAGCAGGAGCUCACCUCCACCUCCACACGCCGCCCCUCGACAAGAAGAGCCCUUCCCGCCGAGUUUUGCGGCCUUCUGUGUUCUUGUUUGCAGGUUGCCUCUCCCUGCUGGUGACAGUGCAGGAUGCUGAACGUUAUACAACCUUAUUUGCCACUGUUGUCCUCAAGUGUGACUAUAGCACCUCAGCACAGCUGCAGGACGUGGUAGUGACCUGGCGCUUCAAAUCCUUCUGCAAGGACCCCAUCUUUGACUACUACUCGGUCUCAUACCAGGCUGGUUUAGCCCUUGGCCAGGACCCAGCUGACGACUGCAAUGACAGCCAGCGAAAGGUGCGCAUUGUCAUCCAGAAAUAUGGGCAGAAGGAGCCUGUGCUGGGCAUUGACUACCAGCAACGGAAGAUCACCAUCCAGAACCGAGCAGACCUUGUCAUCAGUGAGGUCAUGUGGUGGGACCAUGGCAUGUACUACUGCACUGUGGAAGCACCAGGAGAUACCUCAGGUGAUCCAGACAAAGAAGUUAAGCUGAUUGUUCUCCACUGGCUCACAGUACUCCUCAUUGUUAUUGGUGGCCUCCUCUUCCUGUUGCUGAUUGGAAUAUGCUGGUGCCAGUGCUGCCCCCAGUAUUGCUGCUGCCACAUCCGAUGUGGCUGCUGCCCAACCCGGUGCUGCUGUAAUGAAGAAGUUUUGCGACGGCAUCAGUUCAUGAAGCAGGCUCAGGCCCUUGCACCUUGGAUGUCACACAACAUGUUCUACAGAGGUGGAGACAGGACCUCGCAACUUUCUUCUUACCAGCUGAACCCUCUUCUGCAACAAGAUGUGUCUCUGCAAAACAGUCUUCCACUGGUGCAGCCACAAGGUCAGCUUUCCCAUAACAAGGGUGUUUUGGACUAUCUGGAGUCUGAAAUCCAAAACCUUAAGACGUCACAGCUCCGGCCACCCUCCCACCAGCGGCAGGAGGUGCAGCCCAGCUUGCUGUCCUCCUUGGGCUCUGAGAUAAUGCCACUUCAUGAUGCUGAUCAUGCCUCCUCCAUUCAUUGGAGCAGCAGCUCCUCACAUCCGCAGAGAGCUGCCCACAAUCCCAGAGCCUGGGACUCUGCAGCAGAUGACAGGAGGGAAGACCGGAGGUUGCCCUUGCCUUCCAGCGGCGAUUCCCAUUCCAGCUACAGUCGGGAGGCCUGGGACAGGCAGCAUGAGGACCGUCCUCCGAGGCAGAGGACAGGUGGCUACAAUGGCAGGGCCCAGCACCCCAGACGGGAUGUUUCACCCCCGCGCCAGGCUGAGAGGAACAGCAGCAGCAGCAGCUUCUAUCCGGGGGAGGCUAAGGAGCGCUCCAACCACCACCAUGGCUGGAGACAGGAGCCCACAGGGAGGCGAGACUACCAGCACCACGCUGGGAGGAGCAAUAACUCAGGUCAGAGGCGGAACAGCUACUCUCCCCCUUCUCGCCGGGGGUCAUGGAGCUCCCCGGAAGAGCAAGUCCGUCUCCCAGCGACCAACCGCAAGCGGCGGCAGCGCUCUCGGGAAUGGCCAGAAGACAAGCCCCCCAGUUAUCGCUCAUUAGAAGUUACCCCAGGUCCUCAGGACAAGAAGCACAAAAACGGUGCUGGGCCACGCUCGGUGAGUCAGCUGCCUUUUUGCUUUCCCAUCUCAAGGAAGAGGACAAAGGAAGUUCCCACAGUGGAAGAAGCCUAG